AUGUGUGUAGCGGGAUAUAUUUUAGGAUGUACGUACCGUUUAUAUUCUCAAAAUUACAUUUGUUUUGAUGUCAGAGAAGAAGAGAAUGAGAUUGUAAACAAUCUGCUGAUGGUUGCCGUGAAAUCAACGCGAAGGUACUUGAUUCGGUAUGGAGACACUAUCAUGAAGACGUGGGGCAGUGACAUUCCAGGGCAUGUUCUUUUCUUUUUGAAUAACAAGCCAUAUAAAGGAGAUCUACCCGUGAUCACUUUAUCUGAUGUACACAACGGUUCAACGUCAGUGGAAAAGACCUUCUCCAUUUUAAAAACUUUAUCAGCGGCAUACUCGAAGCAGUAUGAAUGGUUUCUGAUAAUUGAAGACCAGACCUUCGUACAUCCAGAACGUCUGGAAUCGUUUCUCAGAAAAGUUAACAGCAGAAAGAACUGGUACAUGGGUAGACUGAUGAAAAGUGAAUGGUAUUGUGAAAGUGAAACUGGUAUACUGUUGUCUCGGCAUGCUGUUAAUAUGAUAGUACCUCAUUUAGACCAAUGUGUUCAAAAAACAGAAAGUACUGAAGACGAUGUAGUGCUAGGUUCCUGUAUCAAACAAUAUCUAGAUAUAUCGUGUACAGGUUCAGUUGAGUUUGGUGAAAUGUUUGUGAAUAAUCGAGGAGGUUUAUUCUAUUCUGAUAAAAUAAACAGCGAUUUGGCCUUUCUGAUCCACCCUAUCUUAAGACCCACCAGUAUGUAUCAAUGGGCGAGAUAUUUCCAAAACCGAAACGCUGUUAGACAGAGAAUCAAAUUAAUGGAUCUCCAACAAGAAAUUCUUUUAAUGAACUUUGACGAGGAGAACAUCAAAGAUGAGGGUAGUGAUGAAACCAACCCCGAUUCAGAACCGGAAGUAGAUGAAUAUGGCGACACAAUGGAAAUCGGAGACGAAAACGAAGUGUUUAAUGACACUGAGAGGGAUAAAAUGGACAACGAUUUUAACUCAAGAGUGGGCGAGGAUGACUAUCCUUACAACUUUUGGACUCUAAUUCAGAAUAACAGCAAUUUGCAUGCCCGAAAUACCCACAAAGCAGCCAGAAAGGCAGUUCAUUCUCUGGUUUCAAACAAAAACUGGAUACUCUCGCCUACAAAAUAUAUUCGUUUUUCCAGUGGUAGAACUGUUGAAAAUAUCAUCAUUGCAAAAAACGACAUGGAACGAACUGUCGCGAGUUUCCACACGUAUCAAAAGUAUACAGAACCGGAAGUUAAGUUCGAUGACGUAGACGAUACGGACACAAUUUGGGUGAUAUUGCCGUUAUUCAAAAAGGUUAGAGCAUUUCGAAUAUUUCUUGAUAUGUUCGCAGAUGCCGUAGCUAAGUAUAACGGCCAGGUUCAUCUCCGUGUGGUUCUGAAUGUUGACGUAGACGGAGAGUGGAAGAUUAAUCGAGCGUACGCAAGACAAAUGCAGGACAGGAUCAAUCUAGAACUCAUCAUAGCCACAGCAAAGUUCGAUCGUGGCACGGCUAAAGCAUUGGGUACUCGAGACCUUCCUAAUAGUUCCUUACUGGUCUUUAUAGAUGUAGAUAUAUAUAUGGAUAAAAGUUUCUUGACUAGGGUCAGGUGGAACACCAUUUACAACCGUCAAGUCUAUUUCCCCAUUUGUUUUAGUCAGUAUCAUCCGAAAAUUAUUUGUUUUCAACAAGAAAAAUGUCAGAUUAACGUGAAAAACUUGGAGAAUCGUUACGGGUUUUGGAGAGAUUUUGGAUACGGAAUGGUCUCUAUGUAUAAAGUGGAUUAUCAAAGAGUUGGAGGGUUUGAUUUAACAAUUAAAGGUUGGGGUUACGAAGAUGUAGAUUUAAAUAGUAGAAGUGUAUUUCAUGGAUUAACAGUGUUUCGGGCAGUAGACCCAUCGCUAGUGCACAUUUACCAUAAAAAACAGUGCGCGAAAUCUUUACCAACCGUCCGUCGUUAUUCUUGUUUAAUGUCUGAUAAAAUGCAAUUGGGGUACGUGGGGGAACUUUCUAAAAUAGUAGAAUCUAUUCAAAAUACAAAAACUAAAUAG